UACGCUUUUGGAUUGGAUUAACCACAGCCCAGGGCAGAAUGGCGGACAGCGCUGCCGCGCAGCUGCCUCUCGUCGCGAGGCUGAACAAGGAAUCUAAAAAGCUGCAUAAGCUAAGCAACUCCCUUGUCAACACUAAGCUUGUGGCCCUUCUCAGCGACCGUGAGCUCUAUGGAAAGGCCCUUGCCUCAUUUUAUUAUGUCUUCUCGGCAUUGGAGGAUGCGGUCGACAAGGCGUUGGAGCGUAACGACCCAGACCUGCUGAAGUUCAAGGACACGCUUAAGGGAGGCCUCUAUCGGGCCCCUGGAUUUCGGGAGGAUGUGGAGUACUUCCUAGGGUCCGACUGGGAGCAGCGCUACAAGCUCCGGAGCGAGGCGGUUGCCGCGUAUGAGUCUCACCUGCAGCAACUGUCCGCGCAGCAGCCCCGGCUGCUGCUGGCGCACGUCUUCACGCAGCACCUGGCAGCCGCCUCGGGCGGGCAGAUGGUCCGGCGCUGGGCCCGACGCCACCUGGGCCUACCGGAGGAUAAGGGCACCGCCGCAUUUGAGUUCAAGGGUGACAGCAACAACACGCUGAGGUCGCACUUCAAGAAGCAGCUCGACGAGUGGGGGCGGAGCUUGUCGGAGGAGGAGGUGCAAGCGUUCAUCGGCCAACACUUCGCGGCAUUCCACCACAACAACGCGAUCAUCCGCGCCUUCCAUGUGUCCCUCACCUCCAUGCUGCGCGGCCUGGCGCGCAUCCUGCCGCCGCGGCUGCUGCUGGGUCC